AUGGCAAUUUGCUUCAUAGCCACAAGUGUUGUCGCCGAUUACAACAAGCCUUAUGUUCAUUCACCGCCACUUCCUUCUGUGCAUAAAUCUGUUACAUCUCCACCAGCGAUAGUACACUCAUACAAGCCUUAUGUUCAUUCACCACCACCAAAGCAUGUAAGCCACCCACCUUAUGUCUACAAGUCCCCUCCUCCGCCAUCCCCAUCACCACCACCUCCAUAUGUUUACAAGUCUCCUCCUCCACCAGUCCACCCACUCCCAGUUAACAGGUAUUAUUAUAGAUCACCGCCACCGCCGUCUCGCAAGCUAUCUCACAAGCUAUACGUCUAA